AUGUUGUUUAGGGUUUGUUCUGAUAAUAGGUUAUUUCCAGAGGCGGUUAGGGUUUUUGAUUAUGUGGAGGAAAAGGGGUUCGUGAUAGAGGAGAGGUCUUGUUUUGUGCUUUUGCUUGCUUUGAAGAGAUGUGGUGAGAUUGAGUUGUGUCUUAGAUUCUUCCGCCGGAUGGUUGAGUCUAAUGGAAUUGAAAUUAGGGUUCAGUCUUUGACACUUGUGAUUGAUGGCUUGUGUAAGAGAGGAGAGGUUGAGAAAGCUAAGGAGUUGAUGGAUGAGAUGGUCACUAAAAGCAUUGUGAAACCGACUGUGUUUACUUACAAUACGUUGUUGAAUGCGUAUGUUGGAAGAAAGGAUCGAAGUGGAGUUGGUGAGAUACUGAGACGUGAUCGUUGUGGUUGCAAACCUACCAAAGAAGAUGUCAAAAGAUGCUUCAUGUUGGAAUUUGACAGAUCUGCAUUCAUCAUUGCUUCAACAGCAACUGAAGAAGAAAUGUUGAAGUGGUAUAAUGAGCAUGUUGUGUGGGGUGAUAAAGAGUUGAAGAUAAAACUGUUGAGGAAAGGAAUAUUGACCCGCAUAUACGCUCCCACGGUCAUAAUACAAAGUUUGAGGGAAUCCGGAGUAUUCAGCUCCAUCAUUGCAUCGGCGCCAACACUUUCCAAAGACAAGUUCUUGCAUUCAAUUGAUAGUAGCAAUUCAACAAGAGUUGUUGCCUCUAUAUUCCACUCAUCCAGAAAAGUUGGAAGAAUCAAAGAAUCUCAAGCAACUGCAAGGAGGAUUCUGGAUCUUGAAUCUUCUGUAUUUCAAGAAUCGGCCGUACCACCGGAGUCUCCUCCGGGUGUAGUAGAAGAUAGUAACCUCAUUUCACACUCAUGA